UGCCUGCCUGCCUGCCUGCCUGCCUGCUUGCCUGCCUAGAUCCCUCUGCGCUCCGUCGGCCGGUUUAUUAUUACUCGCUGCUGCCCGUGGCUCAUUUACAUCCCUCUUCUUCUUUUACCCUCUCACCUUCGGUCGUCCACUCUUCCCGACUUCAUAGUAUCUCACCCGCCGCACACGCACACGCACCCGCCUUUCAUGAUAUAAAACAGUUUAUAGCACUUUUGUUUCUCUAGUCUGUUUCUAUAUAACGCUUACGACUCUCCAAUUGCUCUCGAUAACUUGAUGAACUGAAAAAAAUAUCUUCCGUUAUACGCCCUUACGACUGCUACGAUUACGAUCACGAUCCCCUCAGUAUUCCGUAAACACACACACUCCACUUGAACACCAGGUGCAUUUCAUACAUCUUCCGCUAUGGGGGACCACACAGUAUCAUUCGGGGCCAUCACCCUAGCCUCAAUCGCUAGCCAUCUGGCCGACUCUCUUUACCGCUUCGUGGAUGAGCUUCCCGAGGCCGCACGGGAAGUCCGUGGCAUUAUCAGCACCCUCUUCGAGAUCAAGACGCUCCUACGGGAACUGGAUGUGCAAUUCUCGGAUUCAAGGUUCAGCCGACUAUCUCCGGAGCUGCUGGACGACAUCGCCCUGGGAAUGGGAAGCUGCUCGUCGUCGCUGAAGGAUCUAGAUGGCAUCGUGCUCCGAUGCAGCAUGACUCGCCGUGGAUCCUCGCCGAGGGGCGCCAGGAAGUCGUGGAACGAGAUCUUGUCGUCGUUCAGGAAUAUCGAGGGCUCGUCGUUGCAGGCGAGACUGGAUGUUCACAGGACCUUCCUGUUCAACUUGGCGGGGCUGCUGAGGAACAUGUUUACUCCCACUCGCAGCAAGAAGAGCGAGCAGCGAGCAGAGGUCCUCCGUCUCCAGCAGCAGAUCCGUCUUCUGGCCAUCCAGCAACAGAAGGUUGCAGCCAGAAUGAGGGAGGCCGAGGAGCACCACCGCCGCACAGUCGAGGAGCAGGCGUACCAGUCGCGGUACCAACCACCAACCAUGGCGCCCAUGCCUUCGGUAUCCCAGCCAUACGACAGUCCUCCCCGCCGCCCCUACAGCACCCCCCUGCCAUCGCCUCCGUUCCAGCCCCCGGCCGAUACCUACCGGUACAUGCCGACCACCAUCCACGAACGUCCCAUGACGCCCGUCUCCCCGAUCUCGCCUAUCACGCCUCUGGGCGCCCCAAUCACCCCUCCCAUGGCGCCGAGACGCUACUCGAUCACUCCCGCACCGACCCUGGGCUCGAGAGGGCACAUGACGCCGCCACAGACGCCGCCGAUUUCGAGGCCGAAGACGAGGGUCGCUAAUCCGCAGGUCCCGUCGAAGGCGAACAGUGAUCACUGGUGGUCCCAGGUGUUUGGAAUGAGCCCAGGGUCCACCUCGUUGUCGGAGCCUCCAAACCAAUCGGAAUGUUACGCUGCACAGAUGGAGAACCUUAGCAUGGCCCCCGAAGAGCAUGAAAUCUUCAGAGUAGAAUUCGACAACGGCCUAAUGCUGAGGAUGUUCCGCAACGACGCCAGCGAAGAAGCCAAAGUCGUGUGCACAAAGGGCGGUAACGGCGCCAGCUGGAGCUCGGGCCGACGCAAUGGCUACAGCUUUCAGACCGCCAUCAACGCAUCGAAGCUCGACAUCUCCCGCGACGGUCCGGGCGUAAAGCUGAUGCGACGCAAUCUCGUCUGGGCGGUGUUGUACUUCGCCGACUUUGAGACUCUGACUCUGUUCUACCAUGCAUUCCUCUCGCUGAGGUACAAUGCUCCGUCAGCACCGGUCCCGAAGGAGACGGAGUAUUGGCUCGACGGAGAGAGUUUGAUGUUUAGCGCUAAAAUCGACGAUAACGGUUACACCCAUGCCCUGCGACUGCUCAAGGACAACGAGUCGGGUUGUAUUCGUCUCGCCGCUGCGAAAGCGGAUGGCGAGCACGAUGUAACAGUGUGGACAGCCUUCAUCACCCAGCAGAUCUGCCAACCCGGCUGGUUGCAAUACGUUCGUCCCAAGUCGGUUAGGAUGCGCAACAUCAGACAGUUCUCGUUCUCUUCUUGCUUUGAUACCGACCGCUGGUCAGACUUUGAGCUCAGGUUCCUGCAGGCUGCUGAUGCACACGACUUCACUCAGGCGAUCAAAGCUCUCGCCAGCGUCGAGAGCGCAAACCGUGCUGCUGUGCGAGGCGGAUACUCCGCCUGCAACACCCCAGGCACACACUGCAACACUCCCGGCGCUCAUACGGUCAACCGCGACAGCUACUUUUAGUCUCCUCUCUCUUGUCUUUCUUUAUCGUCAGAACCUUCUCCGUGGCUGAGGUUUCAUAUAUAUUCCCUUUGUGGGCGAUUCUUUUUCUUGGGUGCGAUGAGGAGUAGUGGGUUUCCUUUUGGGUGUCUUGGGGUGCUUUUACGGUGUUUUCUGCUUUUUCUGCUUUCUUCUUCUUCUUCAUCUUUCGAAUUUUCUGCUGGCUUUAUGGGACUUACGAUUACGAAGCUAUGACUUCUCUCUAUUCGAUUCUACUGACCUCUACUGCAUGACGAUUCAGUGUUACUUUUACUUUUUACUUGAGUCAUGCCUUGAGCUGGCUGCAGUGGCUGGCUGGUUGGCUGGACAUCUACCUCUUCUCUUCAUAUGCAUCUUCUACGAAGUACUUAUUUACCAAUAUCAAAAGUUACUUGCUGCUGGAUCACAUAUCAAUACAUGCC